UUGAAGGUCGAACAAUUUAAAGGAGUUACAACAACAACAGUUGUUGUUCUCAGCUACCUGAACUACACGUGAUGACGUGACGCAAGGGUAUAAAACCCGAGGUCCUUUGCAUAUCAAUUUCAUACUCGCACAAUCUUCGAACGUGUUAACAGCUCCCAAAUACAGAUACUGAAAAUGUCAGGAAAUAUUUAUGACUUCAUGGCUAGCCCCGAAUUAAAACGUCGUAACGAAGUCGAAGACUACAAAAAGCAGCGCCUAGAAGCGCCAAUUCCACAAAAUCCGGAAAACGAUUUGCAAGCAAUUGCAAUAGAAGAAGAGGCGCCCAGAGAAAUAACACUUGGACCAAGUGGCACAACUGUGAAAGAGAAUGAUUUUGAGCGGAUACGAUGGUUCUCCGCUGCACUUGCCACACGCAAUCUAUUGACUUUGUUGUUCGACGAGGAGACUUUGGCCACCCACACCAUCAACAGGCUAUCGCACACAUUCCAUUUGCAGGAUCGUGUGCUGAAACCAACAUUGGAUUUUGAGAAAGUGUCUGAUGCCAUUUAUUGUAUUCAACGAAGGUUUGGUUGUUCGGAAAUGGAGGUUCGGGAAUUGAUCAUAAUGACAUGCUCCAACAUGGCCAGAACGUUGCAAUCCAGACGAAUUUAAAUUACGUAGGGAAAUGUUAGCUGUUUAAUUUUAAGAUAUACAUACAUAUGUGUGGUAUUUAUUGGAAUAAUAUUGAAAUGUUAUAAAUAUUAAGGGUUUUUAAUUUAAUAUUUAGGUUUUUAGAGAUCUUUGUUAACUUCUGCGGUAAUGACUUAGAGAUUACAAUAAUAA